GAGUGGUGGUUUGUGAAUGAUGGUGUCCUGUGUAAGCAUGAGGAAGAAUGGGCGAAGGGAGGGUAAGUCUAAUUUGAUCCCAGAGAGUUCGGUGAAAUCGUUAAUGGAAAUAGAACCUCCUCCGAAUUUGUUACCCUCCAAAAACGAGUUCCCCAGACUCCUCUUCGUGCUUGCACUGGCAUCGCUUGUUGCUUGGUCCUGCAACCUUCUUUUCACCUCUCUCGUUAAACCUCCAUCCAAACCCUUCUGCGACACCAACCUCCACUCUCCCGAUUACUUUCCCGAUGUUUGUGAACCUUGUCCAAGUAAUGGAGAAUGCAAUGAUGGCAAGUUGGAAUGUCUUCAGGGUUACCAAAGGCACGGGAACUUGUGUGUAGAAGAUGGGGACAUUAAUGAGUCAGCUCGAAAGAUUGUGGAGAGAGUGGAACAUCACCUCUGUGAAGAAUAUGCUCAAUUUUUGUGCAGUGGAAGUGGAACAAUUUGGGUUCAUGAGGAUGAUUUGUGGAAUUAUUUUGAGCCAAUAGGAAAUGUCAAAGUUGAUAAUGAACUUUAUAAUUAUACAAAACAAAGGGCAGUUGACACAAUGGUUAAAUUGUUAGAGACAAGGAUGAAGGAGUUUAAGUGUCCAGAUUUGUUGGCAGAGCAUUACAAGCCAUAUGCCUGCCGCAUUCGUCAGUGGAUCUCAAAGAAUAUUCUAGUUGUUCUGCCCAUUUGUGCCAUGCUUGUUGGAUGCACAACUUUGUUCUGGAAUGUCCGUCGGAAACUACACAUGUCAAGACGAGUUGAGGAGCUUUACAGCAAGGUCUGUGAAAUACUUGAAGAGAAUGCAUUGACAUCGAAAAGUGAAAAUGGGGAAUGUGAACCCUGGGUUAUUGCUUCUAGGUUACGGGAUCACUUGCUUUUGCCAAGAGAGCGGAAGGACCCUUUAUUAUGGACAAAGGUAGAAGAAUUGGUUCAAGAAGAUUCUCGAGUAGAUCGCUAUCCAAAGUUGGUGAAGGGUGAAUCAAAAGUGGUAUGGGAAUGGCAAGUUGAAGGCUCUCUGAGCGCCUCAAAGGUGAAGAAAAGAAGAGAUGCCAGCAAAACGAGGGUCAAUGAAAGCACGGACCUGAAUCAUCAACAACACCCUGCAAUGAAAGCAGAGCCAACGGAACCACUACAUUUUUUAUAUGGAGACUCCUCCAAACAGUGACUACGUUCCCAUGUAAAUUAAGGUGGCCCAAACUCGUCUCAGCUGAAGGCAAGCUUACCUUGUUUUUACAAAGAAGACUGGGUAAGCUAUCGUGUUUAUGUUUACAGCAGCAAGGGGCAGUACGUGCGGCAUUGGUGUAAGGUGUGACCAGCAUUUGAUCAAACUUUUGUUCACCCAAAAAAUGUAGGUCCAUGGGGCCUGCAUGCAUGUAAGCUUAUCAUGAAAUAUGCUUAUUGCUUAGAAAGGAAAAUCACGUCUUUGAAGCUCUUACCUCCGUGGGACUUGAUUGACGGCUAACAAUAUACUUGUAUACUUAUGAGGUUCUAACUACAUUUAAAAUUAAACAUUUUGUUGUCAAAACCAAUCCAAUAUAUUAAAGCAUUCAAAGAAAACGAUAUGAAAGUACAGGAGUUAAGGCAUGUGGAUGGCGACUACGAAUGUAAAUGAAUUCGGGCCUGUGAUAUUUGUCGAGUUGGGAUAUUGUAAUCUGUCUACUAUUCUGCCUGUUACUUUUUAUGUGUAAUUGUAGUUGCAAUCACUUUUAGUCCCGUUAAUUGGC